UGUGCCACGCGCUCGUACGUCUUUCCCCGGCUUCUCCCAACUCCCCAGUGAAGCCAUCGUCUCUCACUUUCCUGCAAAAAGAAAAAGGGGAAUGAAUUUUCUGAUUCCGAGACGAGGAGGAUCAGGCGGACGAGGGUAUAUUUUCUUCUUCAACGAGGCUUUCCUGUUUAAGAUCUGCGGCCGCCCAUCAACAGUGGAAAUCUAUUCUUGCUCUGAUGAAGCUGUAUUCAAAAGCAGAAGUGCUUGAAGCUACUAACAACUUGAUAUAACAAGGCUUUGUCUUUGUCCACCUUCUCUUAUUGCUUUAUCUCUAGCUAGAUUGCUUUUGAUUCACCAACUGAAUGGAGCUAUCUGCAACUCCCAGUCUUCUGAAAUGCUCUUCACCUCUGCUUCCUAAACCUAGGGUUUGGAUUUUCCAGAGAAGUCUUCCACCCGCUUCUGCAUGUUUCCACCGCUCCAUCUAUACAGUAAACCACUGGAAUCUCAUCCGAAUGGAUCCUUUCAGAACUAUCUCUUCUUCUGCUUUAGCAGAACACAACAGUUCACCUAUAACAACUUCCCCUACUGACUCAGGAGCUAGAAUUGGAGAGGUGAAAAGGGUCACUAAGGAAACUAAUGUAUCGGUCAAAAUAAACCUGGAUGGUUCUGGGGUUGCUGAUAGUACCACUGGAAUUCCCUUCCUUGAUCACAUGCUAGAUCAACUUGCUUCACAUGGGCUGUUCGAUGUGCAUGUGAGAGCAACUGGUGACAUCCAUAUUGAUGAUCAUCAUACAAAUGAAGAUGUGGCUCUUGCCAUUGGAACGGCGUUGCUGCAGGCUCUUGGUGAUAGAAAAGGCAUAAACCGGUUUGGUGACUUCUCUGCUCCACUUGAUGAAGCACUAAUACAUGUUUCCCUGGAUCUAUCUGGUCGACCGCAUCUCAGUUAUAAUUUGGACGUACCCACUCAAAGAGUUGGAACAUACGACACUCAGUUGGUGGAGCAUUUUUUCCAGUCCUUAGCGAAUACUUCUGGUAUGACACUUCACAUUCGGCAGCUUGCUGGGAAAAACUCCCAUCAUAUUAUUGAGGCCACCUUCAAAGCCUUUGCUAGGGCACUUCGACAAGCAACGGAGUAUGACCCACGUCGUUAUGGGACCGUGCCAAGUUCAAAAGGGAUUCUGUCGCGUACUUGAGAGAUGACAUUUCUGGGGAGUGUGCAUAAUUGGAUUGAGCUGCCAAGAGCCCAAGAUUAAUGGUUCUGACGCCUUGUGAUAAUAGUUACUGUUGUUGUAGUUCGUGAACAAUGCAAGUGUUGAAAGGGGAAUGAUUAUAGCGACCGUAAAUUAUUCUAGCAGUGUGUUAUUUUAUUGUUUAUGCUUUAUAGUAUCAGUAAUCGCUUGGACCUGUCAUGUAUUUACGGGAGCAUUUUUUGUGGGCAUGAGUUGCAGUGCUUGUGAGUUGUGAACAACAAUGGCCUGUUGGCUGUUGCACGCCUAAGGGUUUAUACUUAGAAUAAAAUUAUUCUAGUUCAGAUUUA